CUCCACCACCAUCAAUCUCAUCACCCACCACCAAACACAAUCCAAGCCAAUCCCACCGGAGAGAAGAGAAGAUGUCGGGCCGCGGCAAGGGAGGCAAGGGGCUGGGCAAGGGCGGCGCCAAGCGCCACCGGAAGGUGCUGCGCGACAACAUCCAGGGCAUCACCAAGCCGGCGAUCCGCCGUCUUGCGCGGCGUGGCGGCGUGAAGCGCAUCUCGGGGCUCAUCUACGAGGAGACCCGCGGCGUGCUCAAGAUCUUCCUCGAGAACGUCAUCCGCGACGCCGUCACCUACACCGAGCACGCCCGCCGCAAGACCGUCACCGCCAUGGACGUCGUCUACGCGCUCAAGCGCCAGGGCCGCACCCUCUACGGAUUCGGCGGCUAGGCCGAGGGCCCAGCCAGCUCGCGACGCCGCCGUCCGGCAGAGUAGUGGUAUCUAUCUAGUUGCUGUCUAGGGUUCGUGGUUCUCCUUGUAUGUCGCUGGUGUUUGUCUGCUCCCGUCUUGUGAGCUGAUGUUGUACUGGAAGAAAUUUGGAAUGGAAAUUGCAGUAGCUUACCCCUGAA